CUGCGGACGCCAUUUUGGCUCCACGGAUAGCCCGCCGAGGUAGUCCAGGGGAAACCAGCGGAGCCACAAUGGAGAUUUUUUCUUCCCGUGACAGUCCUGUGCCUGUCAGGUGAUUAACACAGUGUAGCUCCUCCUCAACCUGCUGCGUUAUAAACGAACCCGGAGAACUAACAUACACAUUGAGACACGGACAGAAACUAUCAAAAUGGAUACCUCAAACCUUCCCAAGAUCCAGGAUGAGGAGCGAGAAAGCGAGUUUGGAUUUGUUCAUGGAGUUUCUGGACCAGUGGUGACCGCUACUGCGAUGGCAGGAGCAGCCAUGUACGAGCUGGUUCGCGUAGGUCACAAUGAGCUGGUGGGAGAAAUCAUCCGUUUAGAGGGAGACAUGGCAACUAUCCAGGUCUACGAGGAGACUUCCGGUGUGUCUGUCGGUGACCCUGUCCUUCGGACGGGAAAACCACUCUCUGUAGAGCUUGGACCAGGAAUCAUGGGCUCCAUCUUUGACGGUAUCCAGCGUCCACUGAAGGACAUCAAUGACCUCACUCAAAGUAUCUACAUCCCAAGAGGAGUAAACAUUGGUGCUCUUAACAGAGACCUGAAAUGGGAAUUUACGCCCGGCCAGAGUCUUCGGGUCGGCAGUCACGUGACAGGUGGCGAUAUCUACGGCAUGGUGUUUGAGAACUCUCUUAUAAAGCACAAGCUGAUGCUUCCACCUCGCAACCGAGGCACCGUCACCUACCUAGCCCCACCAGGAAACUACGACAUUUCUGAUGUGGUUCUGGAGCUUGAAUUUGAAAGUGUGAAGGAGAAGUUCACCAUGAUGCAGGUGUGGCCGGUACGACAGAUUCGCCCAGUCACUGAGAAGCUUCCUGCGAAUUUCCCGCUGCUGACGGGCCAGAGAGUUCUGGACGCACUUUUCCCGUGCGUGCAGGGCGGCACCACUGCUAUACCAGGAGCCUUUGGAUGCGGCAAGACGGUGAUCUCGCAGUCGCUUUCCAAGUAUUCCAACAGUGACGUCAUUAUUUACGUCGGCUGUGGAGAGCGCGGGAAUGAAAUGUCUGAAGUGUUGCGGGAUUUCCCCGAGCUUACUAUGGAGGUUGAUGGCAAGACCGAGAGCAUCAUGAAGAGAACAGCACUGGUUGCUAAUACAUCCAAUAUGCCUGUGGCUGCCAGAGAGGCCUCAAUUUAUACAGGGAUCACGCUGUCCGAAUACUUCAGAGAUAUGGGCUAUCAUGUGAGCAUGAUGGCCGACUCAACGUCUCGAUGGGCCGAAGCUCUGAGAGAAAUCUCUGGAAGAUUAGCUGAAAUGCCUGCUGACAGUGGAUAUCCUGCUUACCUGGGCGCCAGGUUGGCCUCCUUCUAUGAGCGCGCUGGGCGUGUGAAGUGCCUGGGAAAUCCAGAGCGAGAAGGCAGCGUCAGCAUCGUAGGAGCUGUGUCGCCCCCUGGUGGAGAUUUCUCAGACCCUGUCACUUCAGCCACAUUAGGCAUUGUUCAGGUGUUCUGGGGAUUGGACAAGAAGCUAGCUCAGAGAAAGCACUUCCCUUCAGUAAACUGGCUGAUUAGCUACAGCAAGUACACACGAGCUCUGGAUGAAUAUUAUGACAAACAUUUCCCUGAGUUUGUUGCUCUUCGUACAAAAGCCAAAGAGAUCCUCCAGGAGGAGGAGGACCUGGCUGAAAUUGUGCAGCUUGUAGGCAAGGCUUCUCUUGCUGAGACCGAUAAGAUCACUCUCGAAGUUGCAAAGCUCAUUAAGGACGACUUCCUGCAGCAGAACGGUUACACCCCCUACGACAGGUUCUGCCCCUUCUACAAAACCGUCGGCAUCCUCUCAAACAUGAUCGCCUUUUACGACAUGUCCCGACACGCGGUGGAGUCCACAGCACAGAGCGACAACAAAAUCACCUGGGCUAUGAUCAAGGAGCACCUGGGAGAGAUCCUCUACAAAAUCAGCUCCAUGAAGUUCAAGGACCCCGUUAAGGAUGGCGAAGUGAAGAUCAAAGCAGAAUUCGCCCAGCUGGUGGAGGACAUGCAGAACGCCUUCAGGACUCUGGAGGAAUGAGUUUUCCUACCCGUCGGAUCCUCUCCCAACUAUCCAAACCCUAGUGCAGUGCAACCUCGUGCAGAUUGAAUGGCCCGUGUUCUUAAUGUCUGCCUCAGUCAUGUGAACUCUUUUAUUCCCUGGUGUUUACGUCCACUUACACAUUCCUGCCCAAAUUUCCUUUUCAUUUGGUUGAUUUUUGACUAUACUUUAUAAACCCAGUACUGGAAUCCCCUCAGACGCCUGAAUAUAUGGUUUGCUCAGUAAAUGUUGCAACAAGCCAACAUGUUGUGGUUAAAAUCUGCGGGCCCCAAUCAGAUGCUUUACCCCAAUGGCUGCAUCAAAGAGAUGACAGGGAUGUUUCUUUUCCCCCAGGUGUGACCGUGAUCAAUACAUAUUUAAUUAAAUCUAAUGGGAACAUGAACAAAGGUAAAGGGACAAACGCACUCACUGCGUACCGAGUGAUGAGUCAUUCUGCCACCUCUUUCCUCUUAAGUGUGACCGUAAUAUUGUGGACUUGUGAUUAUUGUAAAGAGUUGUGUGUCGUAUCGCAUGUCUCACUAUUAUAUUCGUGGUAUGUUGCUGUCUCCUAAAAUAAAUAUUUAAGAAAAAGACUAAA